UCUCUCUCUCUGUGUAAAAACAAAAUUCCAUUUAAUUUUCGUUAUUUCUUUAUUUUUACGAAAUCACCCUCACCAAUUUCCCUUAUUUUCUCUCUAUUCCCCUCUUUACUCCUCAUCUCUCUUUCUCUUUUUCUCUUUCUCUCUGUUUUUGUUUGUCACCGUCUAUGAUGAGCGUCCAAUAAACCCUAACUUACGCUACACUCUCACUCCGCAGGUGCUUCACUCUCUCUCUAGAAAGUUGGUAAGGGAAAGAGAAAGCCAAGGCAAGGGAAUCUAAGGGCUAGGAUAUAUGUCCUACAAUCAAUCAAGGUCGGACAAGAACGAUACGACACAGUUCCGGAAAUCCGAUAGGCGAUCCGCGAGCUCCAAUCAGCAGCGGGGCUCCUCAGGUGCUUACGUUAAGGGCGGCGGGCCCGCCCCUUCUCCGUCAUACGUGUUAUCCUCCGGCCGCAAUUUGAAGAGGAAUAACAAUAAUGCACAAGGAGGGCAGUCUAGGGCAAGCGUGCCCACUGUGAAUUCCUCUUCGUUGGAGUCUAGUAAUGUGUCGACGCCGCGUAGUGCUGCUGUACAGAAUGGUUCCCAUGUGCAGCCUCAAUUUCAUGGAGCAUCUGAUAUGCCGGUUACAAGCCCAGCUGCCAAGCCAGCUGAGUUGUCGGCUCCUCAGAGAAGCAACCGAACUGUUCCGAAGGUUCCAACUUCUCAACCUGCCUCCAUGAGCUCUGACUCGACAGCUUCCAGAACACCUAUAAAGGCCCCUGGAGAUGCGUCUAAGGCAUUCUCCUUCCAGUUUGGGUCCAUAAGUCCUGGUUUCAUGAAUGGGAUGCAGGUUCCUGCUCGAACUAGCUCAGCCCCGCCAAAUUUGGAUGAGCAGAAACGGGACCAGGCACGCCACGAUUCUUUUAGAUCUGCCGCUCCACUGCCAACUCCUUCUGCACCCAAGCAGCAGUUACCUAGGAAGGAUGCAGGUGCUGUUAAUCAACCUAAUACUGGGGAGGCAUAUCCAGUGUCCAAAGCCAAAAAGGAUGCACAAGUCUCACCUGCACCACCAGCAAGCCAACAACAGAAGCCUCCUGGUCUUCCUAUGACUGGGAUGUCCAUGCCAAUGCCGUUUCACCAGUCACAGGUUUCUGUGCAAUAUGGUGGCCCGAACCAGCAGCUUCAAUCUCAGGGUAUGACAGCUGCCGCUUCGCUUCAAAUGCCGUUGCAUAUGCCUUUAGCGAUGGGAAAUCCUCCCCAAGUGCAACCGCCUGUGUUUGUUCAAGGUCUCCAACCCCAUCCUAUGCAGACUCAAGGAAUUAUUCAUCAAAGCCAGGGCUUGAGUUUCACCACUCAAAUGGGUCCUCAGUUGCCCCCUCAGUUAAGCAGUAUGGGAAUCACCAUGUCCCCACAGUACUCCCAGCAGCAGGGAGGAAAAUUUGGUGUUCCGCGUAAAACUACUGUCAAGAUUACUCAUCCAGACACACAUGAAGAAUUGAGGCUUGAUAAACGGGCAGAUUCUUAUUCAGAUGGUGGGUCAUCUGGUCCACGGUCUCACCCUAAUGUGCCUCCUCAAUCCCAGCCUAUUCCAUCAUAUGCACCUUCUCAUACUAUGAGCUUUUAUACUCCCAAUUCUUUCAAUGCCAGUCCUAUGUACUAUCCACCUCAGAGUUCUGUUCCAUUAACAAGUAGCCAGAUGGCACCCAGUUCCCAAGCGCCAAGAUUUAAUUAUCAAGUUGGACAGAGUCCCCAAAACAUGACGUUCAUGAAUCCUGCACUUAGUUCCCUACCUGUUAAUAAGACUGGGAGCCAAAUGCAUGGUGUGGCAGAUCUACCAAACUUGGAACAUUCCCGUGAUCUACAUACUAUAAUCUCCUCUGCUCCGUCAACAACGAUUCCAGUUACAGUUAAGCCAAGUGCUGGUUCUAUUGGAGAAAAGGUUGCAGACUCGAUGCGGCCAAAUAGCUCACAUGGUGCUGAAAAGGGUGAAUCUCCUAAACAUGUGAGACCAUCUGGUGAAGCUAGCUCAUCACAUCCUGAAAGGGAUUCUGAGAUUUGUUCAGAAAGCUCUUUGCAGCAGUCUAAACAUGACACUGAAUCAUUGGUGUCCAAGUCGUUGCCGGUGGCAACUAACCUGUCAGCAGUGUCUGCUGUUAUUUCUUCUGAGGGCCUGGUUUCCAAUCCAUUAUCUUCUGCUUUGGUUUCUCCAUUCGAGGAAUCUACAGUAGUUGUGCCUAAUAAUGAGGGCAGAAGAAGGGAAACACUUGGUAGAUCAAACUCUAUCAAAGAUCAUCAAAAGAAGACAGGCAAGAAAGGAUACGUCCAAUCACAGCGUCAGGUUAGCAGCCAAUCUACUUCAUCCUCAAAUUUGCAUUCUCGGGAUCUAGAGCAUGUUAUAUCUUCUAACAGUGGACUUUCUGGAGCUGUAGAAGCUAAACCAGCUCUUGCUACACCUACGUCUAGUGAAAGUGUUUCAUUAUCCCGGCCAUCACUGUUAACGGUUGGUGGUGCUACUGAUGCUUCUGAAUUAAAGGUUGAAAGUGUUGGAGAAGGCUCCACCAGUGUCUCAUCUGAAAUUUCUGGUUCCAGAAUCAUUGUUGAUACCUUUGAGACUGCUCACCAUGGUAAUCUAGAUGAAUCAUCUUUGCAGAAUGAAGAAUUACUACAUGAAACUGUGUUAAAGGAUGAACAAGGAGAAAGCAGAUUGCCAGAAUUCGAGUUCAAACAAGAUGUUCAGAGUUGUGAGAUAUCAUUGGAGCCUGUUUCGUUAAAAUCCUCGGAACUUAUUAAAGAUACUGAGGGCAAACAAUCUGGACAGGAUUCUGAUCUGAAGGCAAUAACUACAAGUGAUGAGGUCCCAACUUUGGGGACUUCACAGAGAGGGCUCGCUGAACCUGUGGAAUGUCAUGCAGAGAUGGAUGGGACAACUGAUUUCUCAGAUGCUGGAAGUUCUAAUGGUGAGAAGGCCUCAACUUUGGAUGUUCUUUCAAGGAGUGAUAGCAUAGGCAGUAAAGAAGUUGUUACAAUGUCUUGUAUAUCAGAUCAGCAGCCUGCUAUUCUGACCCCUGAUCUUCUGGAAGCAACUUCAAAACAUGAAGGGGAAAUUGCAGAGAAUUUUGGCGGUGGUUUGGUCUCAUUUGCAGCAUCAGUUUCCAAGGAUAAGCCAAGCCUUGAUCUGAGUAAGGCAAAGAACAGUGCUAAAGGAGGAAAGAAGAAGAUGAAAGAAAUACUUCAGAAAGCCGAUGCUGCUGGGACUACUUCUGAUCUUUAUAAUGCAUAUAAGGGCCCGGAUGAAAAGAAAGAAACUGCUGUGUCUAUGGAAAGUACUGAGAGCACUUCUAAUAUUGUGGAUGUGAAGCAGGCACCUGCUGAUGCUGUCGAAGUAGAUUCUAUAGCAAGUGAAAUGGGUGGGACAAGCAAAGCUGAGCUUGAUGAUUGGGAAGAUGCAGCUGACAUAUCUACACCAAAAUUAGAAGUUUCAGAUAAUGGACAACAGGUUAUUGGGAGACUGGAUAAUCAUGACGAAGAUGAAGAAGUAGUUACAGCCAAAAAAUAUUCCAGAGAUUUCCUCUUGAAAUUCGCGGAGCAAUAUCUCGUCCUUCCAAAAGGUUUUGAGGUUACAUCUGAAACAGAGACCUUGAUGAGUGCUAAUUUCAAUAUCUCUCAUCAUGUUGAACGUGAUUCAUACCCUAGUCCUGGGAGAAUAAUAGACAGGCCAAGUGGGGGAUCUCGAAUUGAACGUCGUGGUAGUGGUGUGGUAGAAGAAGACAGGUGGAGUAAACUAUCUGGUAAUUUCAGUUCGGGGAGGGAUCCACGGCCGGAUCUUGUUUAUGGAGGUAAUGCAGCAGGUUUUCGACCUGGCCCAGGAGGUAAUUAUGGUGUUCUCAGGAACCCACGUGGACAACCACCCAUGCAAUAUCCUGGAGGAAUCCUGGUGGGACCAUCCAUGAGUUCUCAGGGAGGAAUGGCUAGAAAUAGCCCUGAUUCUGAAAGGUGGCUGCGUGGUACCAAUAGUCAGAAGGGUUUAAUUCCUUCUCCUCAGACUCCAUUACUGGUGAUGCACAAAGCUGAGAAGAAAUAUGAAGUGGGUAAAGUGACAGAUGAGGAACAGGCAAAGCAAAGGCAAUUGAAAGCCAUUCUAAAUAAGCUUACUCCACAGAACUUUGAGAAACUUUUUGAGCAAGUGAAAGCAGUUAACAUUGACAAUGCUGCCACACUAACUGGUGUCAUCUCACAGAUCUUUGAUAAAGCUUUAAUGGAGCCUACUUUCUGUGAGAUGUAUGCUGAUUUCUGUAGUCAUCUGGCUGGGGAGUUGCCUGAUUUCAAUGAAGCUAAUGAAAAGGUAACUUUCAAGAGAGUUCUUCUGAACAAGUGUCAGGAGGAAUUUGAGAGGGGGGAAAGAGAGCAAGAAGAAGCUAAUAAAGCCGAGGAAGAGGGUGAGAUCAAACAGUCUGCAGAGCAAAGAGAAGAGAAGAGAGUUAAGGCUAGAAGAAGAAUGUUGGGUAACAUUAGAUUAAUUGGGGAGUUGUACAAGAAGAAAAUGUUGACUGAGCGAAUAAUGCACGCAUGCUUACAGAAAUUGCUGGGUCAGUAUCAGGAUCCUGAUGAAGAAGAUCUUGAAGCUUUGUGCAAAUUGAUGAGUACCAUUGGGGAGAUGAUCGACCAUCAAAAAGCUAAGGAGCAUAUAGAUGCAUAUUUUGAUAGAAUGAAGGCAUUAUCCAAUAAUAUGAAUUUAUCUUCUAGGGUCAGGUUCAUGUUGAAGGAUGCAAUUGAUUUGAGAAAGAAUAAAUGGCAGCAGAGGAGGAAAGUUGAAGGGCCAAGAAGGAUUGAUGAAGUGCACAGAGAUGCUGCUCAAGAACGGGCGCAAGUUAGCAGGAUGGGUCGUACUUCGAGCAUAAGCCAGUCAACAAGAAGGGCACCGAUGGAUUUUGGUCCAAGAGGGUCAACGAUGUUGUCUUCCCCAAAUGCUCAUACAAGUGGUUAUCGUGGACCGCCUACUCAGGUUCGUGGUUAUGGCGCUCAGGAUGUUCGGACGGAGGAAAGACCGUCUUAUGAGUCGAGGACCUUGUCAGUUCCCUUGCCGCAAAGACCUAUGGGUGAUGAUUCUAUUACUCUGGGGCCUCAAGGUAGCCUUGGGAGAGGAAUGUCAAUUAGAGGACCACCGGCAAUUUCAAGUGCUCCUGUGCCUGAUAUACCUGCUGUGGCUGCAGACUCCAGAAGAACAGCAACUGGUUUGAAUGGUUAUGGUACUGUAUCAGAGAGGACAACUCAUGGCGCAAGGGAGGAUUUCAUCCCAAGAAAUAUUUCGGAUAGAUUUGCAGCUCCAGCUGCUUAUGAUCAGUUAAGUCCUCAAGAGCGAAAUGUGACUUUGGGUAACAGAGACUUGAAGAAUCCAGAUCGAAGUUAUGAUAGAUCUCUUGCAACUUCAUCGCCUUCACGAGGACAGGGAACAGCUUUUCCUCAAAAUAUUCCUUUGGAAAAGGUGUUGCCUGAAGAACGCCUUCGGGCUAUGUCCAUGGCAGCAAUUAAAGAAUUCUACAGUGCCAGAGAUGAGAAAGAAGUGGAAUUGUGCAUUAAAGAUUUGAAUUCCCCAAGCUUCCAUCCAUUGAUGGUAUCACUAUGGGUCACAGACUCUUUUGAGAGGAAGGACUUGGAACGGGAUGUUUUGGCGAAGCUUCUGGUUAGUCUUACGAAGUCUCAGGAUGGUGUCUUGAGUCAAGCCCAGCUCAUCAAAGGGUUUGAAUCUGUUCUGACUACGUUGGAGGAUGCUGUAAAUGAUGCCCCAAGAGCUCCGGAGUUUCUUGGUCGCAUAUUUGCCGAAGUCGUUACAGAAGAUGUGAUCCCUUUGAGAGAGAUUGGGAUGUUAAUACGUGAAGGAGGAGAGGAGGCAGGUCGUCUUCGAGAAUUGGGGCUUGCAGGAGAUGUUCUUGGAAGCAUUUUGGAGAUGAUAAAAUCAGUGAAAGGUGAUUCUGUCUUGAGUGAAAUCCGUACAAGCUCCAAAUUGCGUUUGGAGGAUUUUAGGCCUCUAGAUCCUAACAGAUCAAGAAAAUUAGAAAAAUUUAUUUAGAGGGGUAUUGGUGCUCAUUGUAUCUUGUUAGGCAGGAAAGAAAAGAAAUUACUCGCUAGUGCUUUUAGGCUACUUAUUAAUUUGCAAUGAAUUAUUUUUCUGUGGGUGGGUGGGGAUUUAUA